CUUUACGCCUACAUGAUUUUCGUUUCAGGCGAUUAUUCCAUAUUUCAAGGUUUUAAUGAGUUUUCCUGAACAUGGAAGCAUGGAUGACAAUAUAAACAAUGCCCCUGUUGCUUCCAAUUUGGAGUUAAACCCUGAUGACUAUCUUAGCACUACUUUUACUUCUGAUUCGCAAGAACAGUUAACUUUAGAUGAACCACAGUUAGAAGAAGAUCUUAAUGCAACAAGUGGGCCGAUAUACGUUUCUUCAGCGCCGACUCAAUCUUUUGAGCCGGUUAAUAUUAGUAGUGUAGUUUCUGAUGAUAGUAAAACUUUAGUACAAAAUGACUUAAACUAUAAAGAAUCCAUUUCUUAUCCUACAGUGGUGGAUGUGGAAGAAAGGAAUCAAAAACCAGUUGGCGUAUUCGAUGAGAAAGUCGAAAGUGUUCAAGAUACAGCUGCAGACACUUCAGAAAAUUUGAAAACUGAAAUAUUUUGUACGGAAGAAAACAGUUCACAUUCUACUCCCCAGCCUGAGGAAAAAUUCGUUUUUCAAGAAGAUCAUGAAGUGCAAAAGCUCUACGAACACAAAAGCCAUGUGGAAGGAACACGGUCGCCACGCUUUGUUCCUUCUGCACGCGCGGAUUAUAAUAACAUUUCGGAGAGCGAAAAGGGCUCGAGCGUUGAUCUGUUUAUCGCCAAUAUUUCUCCAACGCUCUCUCAUCGGGAACUCGUGGAAGCGAUAAGCCAGUAUUGCCGCGUUUUAAAAGUGUCUAUCGCUACGCAUCCUUCGGGUCAAAUAAAAAACUUUGGCUUCGUUACUGUUCCCUCCGAACAGGAUGCAGCUCUUGUUAUUGAAAAGCUAAACAAUAUUGUAUUGGCUGGAAGACCUAUUGUUAUUGAAAAGGCUAAAAACAAAAAAAGAGAAAAUUUUCAUCCUUCUUUCGGCCAUCGCGGGGGAUACCGUGGCCCUCCUUUCCGUGUCUCAACAGAAAGAACCAAAUCUUUUGGUUUGAGGCCUCUUAUAAAAGGACCGCCGAAAGGGAAAAAAGACUUCCGCGGCGACAGGUAUAUCUCCAGAGGAGAUUACUUGUACCCACCUGGCAGAGCUCCCAGCGAUUUCAGGGGUACUAGGGAAGGACUUCGAGAAAGGGAGAGGCCCAGGAGGUUUCGCUCCCGCUCCAUAUCUCGUUCGAGGUCAAGGUCGUGGUCUCGCCCCCGCUCGAGAUCUCCCUCCUUUUCCUGGCCCCAAUCCCCUGUUCGGCCCGAACUGAGACCUAGACACCGCACUGUUGAGCCGUCUGUCUACUACGAGUACAUUGGCGACUACGCCACUGCGCCUCGCUACUAUGACGAACGAUAUGAGCAUGGCAAGGAGGAUCUGGGCGAUCGGCCUCCCGUCAACCCUGCUGACUUGGGUCAGCCAUCCUAUGACCGCUUUGCCGGUGAGAAGGUUUUCGGAGAUGCCUAUCCACCACCACCUCCUCCUCACUUUCACGGAGGUUACACCGAACAACCCUCUGAACGACACCCCUCUCAUCCUCGCUCCCCUCUACACCUCCCCCCUCAGCCCUACUAACUAUCUCGUCACUUUACUUUUCAUAUCUGAACAAAAAUAAAUCUUAAUUAAUUUUU